AGUGUUAGUUGCUGUGAGAGCCACACACUCCUCACCUGCACACACGCACGCACAUACACACGCCUCACCUCCAUCCCUGCUCACUUACCCGACCGGAUGAGUUACCCGGUGGAUUCGAUCAGAAGAACGAUGGAUACUAGGACACCAGGAUACAGCAGUUUUAGUCGUGGCCCAGGGGCCACCAUGUCCAGUGGCUAUCGCAGCCAGUCCUGGUCCAGGACAGGUCCCGGCUCUACCCUGACUUCCUCUUACAAGCGGAGCUUGAACGCACCAGUGAGCCGCUCUUACGGCAGCUCCGCGGUCUUCAGUUCGGCAGACAGCGCGGACUUGCAGCAGCCCGGGCUCCUGAACGGAGACUUCAAGCGCUCCAACGAGAAGCAGCAGCUUCAGGGGCUCAACGACCGGUUUGCCGUGUACAUCGACAAGGUCCACUACUUGGAACAGCAGAACAAGCAGAUCGAGGCAGAGAUCCAGGCUCUGCGGCAGAAGCAGGUGUCCCGCUCGCAGCUGGGGGACCUCUACGACCAGGAGCUGCAGGAGCUCCGCGCGGUCCUGGAGCAGAUCCACCACGACAAGGCUCAGAUCCAGCUGGACACCGAGCACAUCGAGGAGGACAUCCAGAGGCUGCGGGACCGCUUCGAGGAGGAAGCCCGCAUCAGGGAGGAGACUGAAGCCAUCAUCCGCGUCCUGAAGAAGGACGCCAACGACUCGGACUUGGUCAAGUCCGAGUUGGAAAAGAAAGUUCAGUCACUUCAAGAUGAGAUCGCCUUCAUCCGCAACAACCACGAGGAGGAGGUGAGCGACCUGAUCGCGCAGAUUCAGGAGUCUCAGGUGAGCGUGGAGAGGAAGGAGGUCCAGAAGGCGGACAUCACCGAGGCGCUGCGGGAGAUCCGCUCCGAGCUGGAGGGUCACUCCAACCACAACCUGCAGCAGGUGGAGAGCUGGUUCAUGUGUCGCUACUCCAAGCUGACGGAGGCGGCGGAACAGAACAAGGACGCCAUCAAAUCCGCUCGGGACGAGAUUGCAGACUACCGCAGGCAGCUCCAGUCCAAGACCGUGGAGCUGGAGUCGGUCCGCGGCACCCGGGAAUCUCUGGAGCGGCAGCUCAAUGACAUCGAGGACCGUCACAACAACGACAUGUCCAGCCUGCAGGAAACCAUUCAUCAGCUGGACAAUGAGCUCAAGAGCACCAAGUGGGAGAUGGCUCGACAUCUGCGCGAGUACCAGGACCUCCUCAAUGUCAAGAUGGCGCUGGACAUUGAAAUUGCUGCAUACAGGAAACUUCUGGAAGGAGAAGAAACCCACUUCAGCUCCUUCCCCUACAGACAGUCGAUGCCUUCACCCAAAAUCUCUAAGACCAAAUCUGAACCUCCCAAGCUGAAGGUGCAGCACAAGUUUGUGGAAGAGAUCAUCGAAGAGACCAGGGUGGAGGAUGAGAAGGCGGAGCUGGACGAAGCUCUCGCAGAGAUUGCGCAGGAACUCUCAGCCACACUGGAAGAUGGAGGAGAGGAGGAAGAGGAGGAGGAGCAGGAGGAAGGAGAAGCAGGAGAGGAUGAGGGAGAAGAGGAGGCAGAUGAAGUGGAGGAGGAGGAAAUUGUAGCUGCUGCAGACGCUAAAGUUAGUGCCAGUGCUCCUUCAAAGGAGGAGGCGGAAGAAGAGGAUGGAGCGGAAGAGGGGGAGGGUGAUGAAGGCGAGGAGGGUGAUAAUGAAGAAGAGGGGGAGGAAGAGGAUGAAAAGGGGGCUGAAGAAGGAGAUGAAGGAGAAGAAGCAGGAGAUGAAGAGGAAGUUGAGGAAACAGUACUGUGCGCUAAAGCUCCAGAGUCAAAAGCCUCACCUGAAAAAGAGCAGACCACAGACAAGGAAGCCAGUGGAGAAGGAGAAGAAGAGCAGGAGGAGGAGGAGAAGGUAGAUGAUGCUGGAAGUGACAAAGCCUCCAAACAUGAAGAUGAGACCGAUGAUGCCGAAACAGACAAAAUAAAAGAGGAAGUCGUUACAAAAACCGAAGCCCUGAAAGUAGAUGCAGUCAAAGCCGAAACCCAGAAUGAAGAAAAAGAGAAAGCAAGUUCACCUAAGGCUGACUCGCCCAAGCCCGAAACAACAAAGGAAGAGUCACCUAAACCUGAAUCCCCAAAGUCAGUAUCACCUAAGCCUGAAUCCCUCAAGGCAGACUCACCCAAGUCAGAAUCCCCAAAGGCUGCAUCUCCAAAAUCCGAGUCCCCAAAACCACAGUCCCCUAAGUCUGAAUCUCCUAAACCACAGUCCCCUAAGUCUGAAUCUCCUAAACCUAGCUCCCCUAAAUCUGAAUCGCCCAAACCACAGUCACCCAAGUCUGAAUCCCCGAAAGCAGAAUCUCCCAAAUCUGAAUCCCCAAAACCUACUUCCCCAAAACCAAGCUCACCAAAGUCUGAAGCCCCCAAACCCACCUCUCCCAAGACAGAAUCACCUAAAGCCGAAAGCCCUAAGUCUGAAUCCCCUAAGCCAACAUCUCAGAAACCUGAGUCCCCCAAAGAAAGUUCACCCAAGGCAGAGUCCCCCAAAUCUGAGAGUCCUAAAUCAGAAUCUGUAAAAGCAGAACCUGCAAAAGAGGACCCCCCAAAAACGGAGAUUGGCAAAUCCGAGCCACAGAAGCCAGCCGAAGACAAGUCUGACAAAAAAACUGAAGAUACCAAGGUAGAAACGAAGGACGCUGCCAUGAAUGGUGACAUGGACAAGUCCAGUCCAGACGAGAAGAAGGACGAGGAGAAAGAAAGCGACGUAGUAGCCAACGGUGUCGACGAGAGCCCAGUGAAAGACGACGGUGGCCAAAAGGUGGUGAUCACCAAAACAGUGGAGACAAUCACAACUGGAGAGGACGGAUCAAAGCUGGUCACCAAGUCAGUGACAGUGACGGAGACUGUCAAAGAGGUUGAGGAGGUGCUCCAGGACACAGUGAUCUCCACCAAGAAGACAGAGAAGCACUCCACCCAGUCCGUCAAGGAGGUGACCCAGGGCAACUGAGGAUACCACUGAGGUGGAGCAGCAGCAGUCAGGACGAGCAGUCAAACCCAAAACUAACAUAACAUACAGCUAGAGCGUAAUCAACAUAAACUCUCUGAAACAUACGAAACCAACUGUAGAGUGAAGCUGCUUAAAAAUGCAUGUUUGAGUGACAGCUUUAAUUGGGGCUUUGCUGCAAGGUGUGGUCAGACAAGGUGGGUGGGUGGGGGGGGAUUUAUGCUCUCUUUCUGCUGAUGAACGGUGAGUCAGUAGGCAGUGGGGUGUUCUCUGCAUGCUAGCUCAGGGGAGGGGAAACUUUUCCUCUCAUAGAAUCAAGUAUUUAUCGAUGAGAAGGGACUAAAUGCAAUAUAGAUGGUUUAUAGUGGAAACCAAGGAGGAUCAAACCGCCACUCAGACACACACUGAACUAAAGUAGCCUUACUAAAUAUGUGAAAACACCAACUGAGCCAAAAAAAAAAAAACACCUCUAAACAUCUAAAGAAUCAACAAACCCUGCAGUGACGCAAGAAACCGGGCACGACCAGAAGAGCAACACACAUCCAGAACCGGAAAGCAAAGAAAAGCUUCAAAUCAAACCCGAAGGAACUCGUAGCCUUAAACAUGCUUUUUACCUGUUAUGUUAAUCUGAGUGCAAAUAAGUAAAAACCAGUGCACAUGCGCAGCUACAUGCAUUCUUGUAUGCAAAAGAUGGACUUGAAUUUCAUAACAGAAACACAUGAGGUGCUACUGUUUGCAAUCCCAUGACUUUGCUCAUCAUCAUCAUCAACUUC